AUGUUCAUAUGCUGUAUUUGUGAAAAAGAAUUUGGCCAUCUAACAAGCCUCAAAAAUCAUAAAAAGGCUUAUAAAAAAUGUCAUCAAAUCGAAGAAGAAUCUAGUACUGAUACAGCUACUAGUACAGAUGAGAAUAUUUUCUAUGAGUCUUACCUGGAAAUUGGCAGUGAGUUCGAUUUAAAGUUCAAUGACCAGGGAACUGUCAAAGACCAGGAAACUGUCAAAGACCAGGAAACUGUCAGAGAGUCUAAAUCAAUAUCUGAUGAUAAGUCUGAUGACCAAGAAACUGAUAAUGAGUGCAUCCCAAUGUUUGAUAAUCAUAAUAUUGCUAAUAAAUCAACUAAAGAAGGUCUUUAUUUCUUGGAUUCCUUAGAAAAAAAUUAUACAAAAUUUUUUUUAACUCCUGUUGCACAAGUCAGAGGUCAAACAUAUUUGUUUAAGUAUCAGCCAAUAAUUUUAGCCAUUAGAGAAAUUCUCCAGAAUCAAGAAAUUACGAUGAACUGUGUUUUUGAUUAUCAAAAGAUUUAUGUAUCAAAUAAGGCAUAUAAAGUUUAUAGAAGUAAUG